AUGGCGAUGCGUCUGAUCCAACGCAAGUGCUGGGCCCUUCCCAAGCAAGAUAGUAGCAUCGCCCCACCACAUGUGUGGAGUAAUGCCGAUCAAGAUCCGGUCCCACCAGAAAAAUGGACCUGGACUGGGUGGACCUUCACACAGUACUGGCUGUCGGACUUGGUCACUGUUUCAACCUGGUCCGCUGCCAGCUCGGCGUAUGCAUCUGGUCUUUCUGCAACGGACACAGUGUUGUUGACACUGGUUGCAGCACUGUGCAAUGCUAUACCAACAGUUCUUAAUGGCGCUGUAGGGGCUGACCUUCACAUCCCAUUCCCUGUGGCAAUUCGGGCUAGCUAUGGCUCAUACUUCGGGUACUUCUGUGUGGCCUCGCGUGCUGCGCUAGCACUGUUCUGGUUUGGUAUCCAGAGCUCAUAUGGAGGACAGUGUGUGACACCGAUGAUCACCGCUAUCUGGCCGAGCUACUCCAAUCUGCCUAAUCAUUUGCCAGCAUCGGCAGCCAUCACGACACAGGGCAUGGUGUCCUACGUUAUCUACCAUGUCAUUCAAACCCCAUUCCUCUUCAUCCCAACCCAUAAGCUACAAUACAUGUUUAUCUUCAAGUCCACACUUGUGCCGCCCAUGGCAUUAGCUAUGGUCAUCUGGAUAUCGGUCAAGGCUGGAGGGGGAAGUGCAAUAUUCCAUGAACCACCCACCGUUCAUGGCGCCGAGCGAGUAUGGCUGUGGCUUACAAAUAUGACUUCAAUCACAGGUGGCUUUUCAACACUCGCGGUCAACAUCUCUGACUUCUCGCGCUUUAGCAAGAGGCCUGGUAGCCCAGUCUGGCAACUGCCAAUGAUUCCCCUCUUCAAAGUCAUCACUGGCCUUUUCGGUAUCAUUGCUGCGAGUGCAUCUAAGCAGGUUUACGGUACCAUUCUAUGGAGCCCAUUGCAGAUUAUCGAUGAAUGGCAGGGCUCCUCUGGGGGACGAGCCGCAGCCUUUUUCUGUGCAUCGCUGUGGUUGUUGGCACAAAUUUGCAAUAACAUCUCGGCCAAUUCAAUAUCGUUCGCAAAUGAUAUGACAACCAUGUGCCCAAAAUGGUUCAACAUUAAACGCGGAAUGAUCCUGUGCAUGAUUCUGGGCGGGUGGGCGCUCUGCCCCUGGAUUAUCAUCGAGAGCGGGAAGACGUUCCUCAGCUUCAUGGGGGCAUACGCUAUCUUCAUGGCGCCUUUUGCAGGCAUUCUUUGCUGCGAUUACUGGAUCGUCAAACGACGCAAGUACGAUGUACCAGCCUUGUACGAUCCGCGAGGAAUAUACUACUACAAGUUUGGCACGAAUUGGCGUGCUUUGGUGUGUAAUUUGCUAGUCAUUGUUCCUCUUCUCCCCGGAUUGGCACACUCGGUGACACCUGAUAAUGUUAGCAUCGACACCGGGUUGCAGCAUCUUUAUGCUAUCAACUACCUUCAUGGGUUCUGUCUUUCCUUUUCACUCUACUAUGCGUUGAAUUAUUUCUGGCCCGAUCGAGCGACGCUGAUUCCAGCUGUCGUUCCGGGGGUGGUUCGCCCUUUGAAUGCCAUUGACUCGGAUUUGGAAGCAGAAUUGAAUAUUCAAGACAAGGGAAUGCAAUCUGUUGAGAGAUCGAGGGAUUAG